UGACAGUCAGGAAGGGGCUUGUGGACAAUGCCACCUGCCUGACCGAGAGGUGCCUUCUGCCCAGCAUGUUCUGCCUGGGCCCUGCUGCUUCUGUAGGCGUGUCCCCUGCCCUGGACUGUGUCCCCAGGCUGCCCUCGGGGUGCUACUGAGAAACAUCCUCAGAGACACACUCUGCGAGGACGCAGGUGUCUGGACCCGUGUCAGCGCUGAGCAGCAGCUGUCCCCACCUCAUCACCUGGUCUGCUCCUGAACCCAGGCUGGUGGGGUGGCAGGGCUCCGCUGUCUGUGGGACUGCCUGGGUACUGUUGGCUGACAUGGCCCAUCCACCCCUGCCCUCAGGUUCUUUGUUGUGAACUCUUAACCACAUGGAGUGGUUUUAUAUGUUCACUGAGCAGAGUGGCUGCUCUGACUCCAGCGACAGAGCCCCGAGGGAGACUGCUGGGGGACUGGCCCAGGUCAUGGCUUCCGGCUUCUCAGACCUGAGGCUCCAGUAGAGGAAAUGACCGUCAGGGACCCUGCUCCAGACCUGUUACGGAGACUGAACCUCUGUGGGGCACGAACCUGCUGGAGACGGGGAAGCUUCUCUCUCUGAAGGGAUCUGCACUUGUCACAGAAGGUAAAGAUGACGACCUCGUCCAUCAGACGCCAGAUGAAAAACAUUGUCAACAACUACUCGGAAGCUGAGAUAAAAGUGCGGGAAGCCACCUCCAAUGACCCAUGGGGCCCGUCCAGCUCCCUGAUGACGGAGAUCGCAGACCUGACCUACAACGUGGUGGCCUUCUCGGAGAUCAUGAGCAUGGUGUGGAAGCGGCUCAACGACCAUGGCAAGAACUGGCGGCACGUGUACAAGGCGCUGACGCUGCUUGACUACCUCAUCAAGACGGGCUCAGAGCGCGUGGCCCAGCAGUGCCGCGAGAACAUCUUCGCCAUCCAGACCCUGAAGGACUUCCAGUACGUCGACCGUGACGGCAAGGACCAGGGGGUCAACGUGCGUGAGAAGGCCAAGCAGCUGGUGGCCCUGCUGAAGGACGAGGAGCGGCUUAAGGCCGAGCGGGCCCAGGCCCUCAAGACCAAGGAGCGCAUGGCCCAGGUGGCCACCGGCAUGGGCAGCAACCAGAUCACCUUUGGCCGGGGCUCCAGCCAGCCCAACUUGUCCACCAGCUACUCGGAGCAGGAGUACGGCAAGGCCGGGGGGUCGCCGGCUUCCUACCAUGGCUCACCCGAGGCCUCACUGUGUCCCCAGCACCGCACUGGGCCCCCGCGGGGUCAGAGCGAGGAGCCGCCGCCGAGCCAGCGCCCGCCCUUCCUGCUGCGCCCGGGGCCACCCUCCUGCCCGGCCAAUGACCUGGCCCAGCCCUGCCUCUCUUGGGACCCCGGAGCCCAAGCCACCUCCCCACGGGUGUCCUCGGAGCUGGAGCAGGCAAGGCCGCAGACGAGUGGGGAGGAGGAGCUGCAGCUGCAGCUGGCGCUGGCCAUGAGCAGAGAGGUGGCCGAGCAGGAAGAGCGCCUUAGGCGGGGCGAUGACCUCAGGCUGCAGAUGGCCCUCGAGGAGAGCCGCCGAGACACGGUUAAAGUUCCAAAAAAGAAAGAGCAGCACAGCUCCCACCCGAAGCAGACCACGCUGUUGGACCUGAUGGACGCCCUGCCCAGCGCGGGCCCUGCUGCCCAGAAGGCAGAGCCCUGGGGCCCAUCCACCUCUGCCAGCCAGACCAACCCCUGGGGCACACCGGCAGCUCCGGCCAGCACUUCGGACCCCUGGCCGUCGUUCGGUAAAGACUCCCCUGGUGCCAAGCCAGCCACCUCCGUCGACCCAUGGGGGCCACCCACUGGAGCCAGCACACACUCUGCUCCCAAGGGCUCGGACCCCUGGGCUGCCCCGCAGCAGCCAGCCCCCAGCACUGGGAAAGCCGCUGACCCCUGGGCUGCAGCCUCGGCUGCCAAGCCUGUGUCUUCCUCUGGGUCCUUCGAUCUCUUCAGUAAUCUGAAUGGUACAAUUAAAGAUGACUUCUCUGAAUUUGACAACCUCCGAACUUCAAAAAAAGCAGCCAAGGCAGCCUCUCCGCCAGCCCAGAACAAUGGAACCUCCAGCCCUGAUCCCUUUGAGUCUCAGCACCUGACCGUCGCCUCGAGCAAGCCCAGUGGUGCCCGGAAAACCCCAGAGUCCUUCCUGGGCCCCAACGCGGCCCUGGUCAACCUGGACUCACUGGUAACUAGGCCAGCCCCACCGGCACAAGCCCUCAACCCCUUCUUGGCACCAGGUGCCGCCACGGCCUCGGCCCCUGUCAACCCCUUCCAGGUGAACCAGCCGCAGCCGCUGACGCUGAACCAGCUGCGGGGGAGCCCAGUGCUAGGGGGCAGUGCAUCCUUUGGUCCUAGCCCAGGCGUAGAGCCUGUAGCUGUGGCCUCCAUGACCUCCACGGCCUCCCACCCAGGCCUGGGGGCCAGCAGCUCCUCCCUGCCGCCGCUGGGCCCUGCUGCAAUGAACAUGGUGGGCAGCCUGGGUGUACCCCCGUCGGCAACUCAGGCCACUGGCACAACCAACCCUUUCCUCCUCUAGUGCCCGGCCGGGACCCGUGCAGAGCAUCCGUGCCAAGGACGCCGAGCAGGGACUGUCACUUGUGGAAGGGGUCGGGGAGCAGGGGGAUGGGUGUCAGGGUGUCCCGUCCGGCUUCCUGAGUAGAGGGUGUCUCUGUGGUCCUGGGCCUCAGUUUGAGGGGCGAGCAGUGGUGGCAGACAGAGGCAUCACACAGCAUGCGGGUCCCCGGGCCUGUGUCGUGUGGGGCCCCCCUGACCCAGCCUGGCCACCCUGUUGCCUCCGUGGGGAUCUGCCAGCUCUCGGGGGCUUGGCCGAGGCGGUGGCCAUGUGUAGUACCAGUCCAGCCUCAGCCCAGGGUCUCUGGGACACUCUCGCCCGGGACCUGGCCCCCACCCCUAGCCCCAGGGACAUCCCGGGCAGCCCCAGGCAUGGACCGGAUGGAGUGCCGGCACCCUCAGACACUGACCUUUUGGGGACGCAGUUGUGCGUGUUUCUUUUCUUUGACUCGUGUGUGAGUUCAAAGUGAACGCCACCACCAUGGAACAACUCUUGAAUUAAAUCCACUAGAGAAGCUUUAAACUAACCUGAGCGUAGCCCUGCCACGUGCUCCAUGCUUGUAUGCGUUUGCACAGAUUUUGUUUAGUACAGUUUCAUAUUUGAGUUUGCAGAAUUAUCAAAUAGUCUUUUUUUGGCUAAUAUUUUUAUAACGUGGUUCUUAUUUAACUGUCUAGUUUUGAUAGAAUUUACCAGGUCUGGCUGAAUUAAGAUAUUGGCAGUGUCAUGUUAGUGGUUUAAAUUCUCUUAUUUAUGGUUUUAACUCUAAGAAAAUUUAAAUACGAAGAGACAAAAAAAUGCCUUAUGGAAAAACUAAAGCAAAUUCUUUAUAGGAAAAAUAUGGGAAUUUGAUUACACAUAAAAGAUAUUAAAAAAAGAAAAACCUACAAUAGUAACAAAAAAUUGUAGCCUCCAGUUGCCUUUUCCUUUAACUCCCUUUUUUGGUAAAUUACCAAACUGACUUUCAGCCUUUUUGGCUAGAUCCUGAGAGAGAGGCUAUUUUUCUUACUGAUGUACCAACAUGAAGUUAAAGACAAAAUCUAACAUAUGAAUGUGACUCACCAGGUUUUAUCAGCUAACUUCUGUGACUGAAGGCAUGCACAGUUAACAAGACUUGCGUUUACAGUGGAAACAUGGGAUGGAACCCUGUCUCUGUGACCUCCCCCUUAAGUCCACCCUCAGGGCAGAGGUGGGAACAGUGCUGGCGGCUUGUCGGGGGCCAGUGGGCCUCUGCUGUGGCUCCUGGGGCAGCCCUAGGCUGAUGGGCUGCGGCCCAGGCCUGGCUCCCACACACUCACCUGCCCUCCAGACACAUGUUGUGAUGUAGAAAUAACUAUCUCUUUCUUUGGAGAGAAUAAAAAAAUCACUCUUAUACAGAAAAGAUAUUAACAAACAUGCACUAAUCUUACCUCCCUCUCCCCUGCUUCCUUUGCCCCACCCACCACAAUUUAAAAAAGUAUUAAGUCACAAAGAUCAGAAGAGACUCACUCCUCCCCAGAGCAGGGACAUUGGCCCCGAGCCCCAUGUCUGGUCAGCUAGCCUGGUGGGCACGUCAGUCUCCAUUUCCACAGUGGACGUCUCGCCUCCAGCACCAAGGGCAGUUAACACCAGGUCCCUCUGCUUGCAGUGCUGGGCACGGGAGGCUGACAGAGCUCACUCUGCUCCUCCAUUCGGGGGCCACCUCCAGCCCAGAGACCUGGGCUGGACUGUGGGCUCCUGAGUCAUCAGGAAGGCCGGACCGGCUCUCCUCUCCCAGCGGCCCAGGGGAGGGCGGGCUCGGGGCAAGAUGUUCCCCCAGGGAGGGAUGGGCUGACGCCUGCACAGGUGGCAGGACCACACUGCUGGGUGCUGGGGCCAGCGAUUCCUCAUCAGUUAAGAGCCCUUCCUGAUGGGACAUGGGCCUCUGAGGCCCAGGCAGCCUCAGCUCCCGUCCCCGAUCAGACCUGUCCCCAGAUGCCUCUUCCCAUUGCCCGUUGCACUGAUCAUGAAGCCACUGGCGCUGCCAGAGUGUGGGAUGUGUGCCAUCAAACGCCCUCCUGCCAGGUGCCAUGGUGGGGUGUCACCCAGCCGUUCUCAGUCCAGGGGCAGGUGGCUGGUUUUGAACUCGUAUUGACUAUUGAUACUUUAUUUACUGUAUAAAUAUAAUUUAUCAUUUGUAUCAUGA